AUGAACAACAGUCCCCACGCGAUACGUGAUUGUCAAUUUUCUGAUACUGCUACUGCAAUUUGGAGUGACCCCUACGUUACCGGCCGGCGAUGGUUAGCACGGCGGCCCACCAGAAGCGAGCACCCGUUUCACCGUGACAGCAUCUCCAUAGGUACGAGCACCAACAGCGCCGCCAGUGAAUUGGCGUGCCAAGGCAUUCUUGCACCAUCACCGGUUCGCCCACGUGUGCGUAUGGCCUCUUUUCCCCAAUAUGCUCGGCAGCCACCCAUUGGGUCUGAUGGGAGCGGCAGUUGGGGGCAUAGUACCGAUGUGGCCGCCAGUGCCACACCAGCGCAAACCUCAUCGGUGACACUGGAGGCGGAAGUAGUAAAAGCAUCUAUGAAAACCCAAGCAGAAACACAGCUUUUCCUUCGCUGCUCCCCGCACAUAAUGAUACACUCCACUACAAAAGUGCCUGCUGCUGGGCACUUGCAUCCCUCUGGCGGCAACUGCCCGACUACGCCCAAUUCUGCAGGAGUGCGCAUUCGCAGCGGCACCAUCGAUGAUGACGACGCCGUCCGAACGUACUUCUUUGUAAAUGUCCCAGAGUUAUGGGGAGAAGGCUUUGGCCAGAGUGAUUUCGUCGCGGGCGUGAUCAGAAAGGAGCUGGUGAUCAAUGUGGGCGCCGCAAAGACGUUCCAGCGCAGCGGUGCGCGCAGGUGCCGUGCUGCAGGGCCAGGCUUUGAGCAGGCGGACUUGCAGACGUUCUGGCGCGCUGCAGCUACGUGUGAUGGCGACGCAGAAAGAAGUGGUUUGGGGGAAGAUGAAAUAAAAUAA